GCUGGCAGAAUAUCAGAGGAGAAGAUUUGUAGUCGCUGGACAGUCAUGGAGUGGGUGGGCUCGUACCAGGUUCAGUCCCACAACGCAAACAUUUCUAACCCCGCAGUGUCCAGCAGCGACCUGGCUGGGAUGGACAUGCUGUCCUACAGCCCGUCCCAGGGACUGCUCAGGGUCGGAGGUGAGGAGAGAGUAGACGAGCAGAUGCUGGGCUUGUCCUAUCUCCCUUACAAUCCGUCCUGUCUGAACAACUCGUCCAGCUCGCUGAGCAGCAACCUACAACAGAACCACAAUCCACAGGAUUACUCCUUCCUGCUGCCCACCCUGCGAGCUCCACUGACCAAGAGGAGCAUCAGCAAGGACAGCGCAGAAUACCGUGUACGGCGAGAGAGGAACAACAUUGCCGUGCGGAAGAGUCGGGACAAGGCCCGCAGGAGGAUUCUCUUGACCCAGCAGAGAGCCCUGCAGCUGCAGGAAGAGAACCAAAAGCUGCAGAUCCGGAUCAGUCAGCUGACUCAGGAGAUGGACACCUUAAAACACAUCUUGUCCCAGCGACACCUGGCAGGGACAGAGGACGGAGCUGCCGGGGGGUCCAGCAUGUGAACAUGGUACAUUCAAGCACAAUAUUAACCUCAAGAGUAUGAUGGCCAUUGAAAAUAAAUUCACUGUAAUCACUACCAGCUGUUGAAAAAUGUAAGUAUAGAGGACAUUUUGAGUUGAAACCGGCAGAAAUGCUUGACAACUUCACACCAGUUGUCACGUUUUUAGCACCCAACUCGAUCAUUUGCAACUGUUGCUGUCAUGUAACAUGUAGGCUGAGUGGAUAUAGUGUGUUUGAUCAGGGUAUCAGGAGACUUGAAGAUGGCUUGGGAGCUAAAAUUAACCCAACACAAAGGUCAAAUGAGUGAGAAAACCUGGAGGGAGCUAAGAUGAUGUUCACGAAGAAUGUGCUGUUUUGUGAUGACAAUACUAAACAUUUCUGUUUGCUGUGUGUGUUUGUGUUUUUAUUGUUUACUUGUUUCACAGAAAUGCUUUUUAAAUAAAAUCUAGGAGAAAAUAUUUCAAUAAUGGAGAAAAUAUCGUGGAACAGAAUGAAUGCUACUGUUAAAAUUUGUUUGUCUUGGCGUGAUAAUGUAAGCAAAUAUAAAUCUAAAAAACAUGAAGCAAAUGCAGAUUCUGUUGUUUAAUGCGCGCUUGCUCGUAUAUGUGUGUGUUUUCAAUUAAGAAAAAAUUCUGUUGACUAAAGUAUCCAGGUUCAUAUGUAAUUUGAAAAUGGAAAAAAGUUGUAUUAGAUGUUAUAUAGGUGGCUAAACAUAAUAUAAUGUUAUAAUAUAUAAGUUGGAUAAGGGGCAUCAGAAUGCAGCCUGCACCAAACCCUAAGUCUUCACAAAAAUAUCGAAAACCCACAGUCCUAAAUUCAUUUCAAAUUCAUUUUUGUUGCAUCAUUCUAUUUUUCAAA